CGCAUCACUGCUGGAGCCGGAGCAGGGCCAAACUCGGAUUCCUCUUUCUCGAAAACCCUCUCCGCCUUUGGCAACUCCCAAACCAUCUCUUCAUGUGGCCGCCUCCGAAACCCUCUCCGCCUCUGCAACUCCCAAACCCUCUGCUUAUCUUGCAGAUCCCUCAUUCAAUUUGUCGAACGGGACCGUGGCGGCGGGGGAAGAGGAAGAAGGAGAAGCUCGAGAGCCGGGAACAUUGGGGCUGUUCUAGAUCUGUGAAACUGGUCGGAGGCGACGCGUACGUAGGGGCGACGGUGGGGAAGCAAUUAGCGGUGGCGGCGGAAAGCAGAAGAGGAAGGUGGUUCGUCGGAGUCGACGGCGUCUCUGGCGUCUCUUGGCUACCCAGAGAUCCCAUCUUGUAUGCUUAGUUUUGCUCGUUUACCCAUAAAUCCCUUCUUCCCCCAUUGCUUCGACGAGAAAUUUGAGACUCCCGAGACCCGACGAGCGCCAUAUUUGAUUCAAUCGAGGGAGAGAGAUGCUUGAUGGCGGCGAGGAUCGACUGAUGGCGACGAGGAUUUGGGAUCGACUGAUGGCGGCGAGGAUCGACUGAUGGCGACAAUAAUGGCGGACGGUGAGCACCGGUGCGAUUUUUAUUAUUUUUUAUGAUUUUUAUUAUUGUAUUUCUGGUAAACGACAGUAAUGAAGGGAAGAAUUAAUU